UACCCACAAAUAUACCACCGCGGCGCAUAAAAUAAAUUGCCCGUCGGAGGGGGAAGAGGCGACGAAGCGGAGGCGGUGGUGGAGAUCCAGAUCGCGAGCGGGAGAUCAAAUCGUGAAGACAACGAGCGCGAUGAUGGAGAUGAAUCUUGCGAGAUCCGCCUUCUAAGCGUCUUCUCGUUCCUAGCUUCCUCCGGGCGUCGGGGUUCUGAUCCUAAGUUGCUCACAGCUUAGAGGGCGGUGGACAGAUUUUUAUUAAGGGAGUCGGGAUCGAUGGCGAUGAGGAAGAGCCGUGCGCAGGCGGUUGCUGACGCCUCUGCGUCGCCGGCGUCGGAGAAGCGGUUCCGCGGCGUUCGGAAGCGGCCCUGGGGUAGGUUCGCGGCGGAGAUCCGCGACCCGGGGAAGAAGACGCGGGUCUGGCUCGGCACCUUCGACUCCGCUGAGGACGCCGCCCGAGCCUACGACGCGGCGGCUGUAGCUCUACGGGGUCCUAAGGCCAGAACUAACUUCCCCUCGUCGGCGUCCGGCUUUCCGAUUCCCCUUCCUCGAGCCGUAACAGCGGCUGGCCUUUUCCCCUUUAAUGGCCAGCAUCACCGUCCGCCGAUGCCUGCUCAACGCCCAGCCUCCAGCAGUCACAGCAGCACCGUGGAGUCCUUCAGCGGCCCGAGGCCACUGUCUUCGUCGGUGCCGAUACGCGUGCGGCAGCAUGCCAAACCACCUCCGGCCCCGCGUGUUCUGAUCGGCGGCGAUGACUGCCAUAGCGACUGCGGAUCCUCCUCCUCCGUUGUUGAUAACGACGACGAUAUCGUAUCUUUUUGGCGGCAUCCACUGCCGUUUGAUCUCAACCUCCCGCCGUAUCCUGAUGAUGAUUUCCGAGACACCAUCCUCCGCCUCUGAUCUUCGUUAUCGGCCUAGAAGACAAAAUAGUUUCAAGAAAUGUUUUUUUCCCUCUUUAUCGAUUGCGUUUCUUCUCUCUCAAAAUCGAUCGAUCUUUGUCACUGCAUACUUAGAUCUACAUCUAUGGGGUUGUAUUUGCAGUUUAAAAGCUUGGUCUAGAAUAUAUGAAUGGGGUGAUAUGAAACCAAAUCUGAGGUUUGCGUUUAA